AAAGUUGAAACCUUCAGAUUACAGACUUACAAUCUAAGCAUGUGAGGCAGAUGCCUAAAAAGCUGAAAAAUACAUUGAAAGUCAAAUAUGUCAGAAACCCUUAAAUUUUUUUCUGUAGAGUUUGAUUACAAAUAAUGUAUCCCGUGUUAAAAUACAUAAAAUUUUAUCCUCGUUUGUGAUUUCCUUUUAGUGUACAUAAUGAAUUUGAUCAAAGAAGUUACAGUUGUUUGUUCCGAAACUGACAUUUUCAACGAAGCAGUGUCAGCUCACUGUGACAUUUCAGCUGUCGAGUGCCUGUCACUUAAACCCUCUGCGGUACAUUUUGAAUCGUGGAAAGGAGCUUUUAAUAAAAUUUGUGAAAAGGCUAGGAAAAAGUGGCACGGUAUUCAGUCGAUUUCAAUUUAUUACAGAAAUGAGAAGCAGGGGGAGGCUGGUCAUGAUUCCUUUGCUGCCAUUGCUGUCAGCAGCGAUUCGGUAUCUCUCAGCACCACCGUACUCGCUUUCAUAAUCGACUGCGUAAAAAAGAUCAAAGACGUUGGCAUCGAACAGAUGGAAGAACUGUAUGACACCGAGGACGAGGAAUCGGAAGACGAACAAGUUGUAGCCCCGCCUGAGCUCGUACACCUCAAAGUCAGCCGUGCUGAGAUUGACAACUGGAUUAAAUCGUUUAUUCAAGGCAAGAGGAACCAGAUAAACAAACAGAACAUUAUCGACUUCUGCGUUGAAGAAGGAAAACGGCAGAAUUGUGCCAGAGUAGAUGCUGUCCUUGUCAAAAGGAAAGACACAUCAAGCCAUAUCAAAGUUCAAGAUAUUGAGAACUAUUGGGGGCAGGAAGUAAAAAAAUUUCCCCAUAUCAUCAAUCGACCCGUUAAAGACACAGUUCCUAGUAUGUAUUACGAGAGAUCACCUAAAUCACCGACAUCACAGUUGAUGAAUAAGAAAAAGCAUUCUUUCACUGCAGAUGAAUUGAGUUCAAAACUCGCUGGAUUCCAUAGCAGGAUGGUGAAAAUGCCGAGAAUAUCUGAAUUCGAUGAAGCUCAAUUUAAUGAUUGAUUGUACAAAAUAAAGUUUUGCACUUUAAAAAAAAAAAAAUUUUUUUUUUAAUUGUACCGAUUAUAAUAUAUAAUUGACAUAGAUGACAAAAAGUUCAUUGCAGGUGCAUUGUUUAAGUUCUUUCUUAGGUUGAUUGUUCUAUUAUAAAAAAGGUAUAUAAAAGAGGUGAAUUUAAGUUAAUUUUCUGUUUAUACCUGGUUGAGAAAAAAAAAAAAAAUAAAUAAAUAAACCUUGUGCUUAGGUCUGUACCUUUGCACCUGUAAAUCCAAGUUCCUUUUGUAGUCAUUUUAUACCACCCUUUUGUUCAAUUUAAAAUUCUUUGAAAUUUUGUAUAAAUCAUCUCAAGUCUUAAGAAUUUUGAGAAGUUUUUAAGAAUUUUAUGGAAUUUGACUAGAGCCUAGAUAAUUUUUGUCCAGUUUAACCCUUUCUUAUGCAUCCCUUAAAGUUAUCGACUUAAAUUAUACAAUAAAACUUUUUUAAAUAUAUUCUCGCCACCAAACUCAAUAAUAUUGCAUUCUACCUUAAAUUGAGCGAAAUAAGAACUAUGUAAUAUAAUUUUAUUAUAAAACAUUUUAGUAAAAUAUCACUUUAAAUUUAAUUAGAAUUGCACAUUCUUGUAAGCCAAAAAUAUAACUGUCAAGAAUAUUUCUCAAGAAAAAAUAGUGAUUAUUUCUUUAUAGAAUUCCAGUCGCUUAAUGUUUUAUUAAAUAUCUAACUUAAGAAAAGAAGUUUGAUUUCUUAUGAAUAUAGAAUAUUUCAGUAGUAACAAAGUACAGUGAAUUUGAUAGUCAGAAACUUUAAUUAGAAAUUUAAAGAUUUAAAAAAAAUUUGAAAAUGAAAGCGCACUUCUCAAAAUCUGUAACGUUUGUCCGCGUCCAAAAAUGAAGAGGAGGGAAAAAAUCUAAGACCAAGUUGUCCUAAGUGAAGGAACGUCACUUCAUUUUUGUUUUAAGGGAUGGGAGGAAGAGGUAUGUAAAUGAGAAAAACUGGGUAUAAAUAAAAAAAACUAGCGCAUAAAUUUUACUGACAAAAUUGUAUUUAAAAUGAGGUUAUCACCACUUGUCAUUGCUUAGUUUCUCAAAGCUUUUAUUUUGUACGUACAAGAAAGACGUCAUGUCCACCCCUGGGACAUGUGCAAUUUUUUUUCUCUCUCUUUCUUUAAAUCUAUUUUCCUUAGUCAAACCUGGAAAGAGCUUCCAAGACAAAUAUCACUUAGGUACUAUAACUAGAGUUUGAAAGGAUUAGCCCAACUAAGGUGCUAUUACUGAGAUCAUUUUUUUUACAUUAUAAUAAUUCUUCAUGCAAUGUUAAAUCGCACCUUUGAAAAAACUUAUCCUCUUAAAUGCCACAUAAACUGUAAGGAAUGAUGUACAAACAUAUUUGAAUGUAAAUAUCAUUGUUUCUUUUUGCUUAAGUUUAAACUGAAGGAACAAAAUUACUUUUAAUGAUAUCUACACACAAAUCCGACAUCGUGGGAAAUCAAUAUUUUUACAUUUUUUUCCCUCUCUAUGAUACAAGAGUAUUUGAAAAUGAAAUUGUAAAAGUAAUUAACAAAGUUUUUAUUCAAAUAUUAUUGCUUUUGUUUUGAUUAUUUUCCAAAGUAGUUACAUGUUAGUAAAAAACCGUUGAUUUCCCACAAUGUUCAGUAAUUUAUUUUGUAACAAAAAAAUAUAUAAUAUAUUUAAUAUAUAAAUAUAAUACACCUCUAUUUGACUGGAUAAAUAUUCAAGUUGUUCAGUCCCAGGGAAGUAACAAUCAGACCCCUGAUUUAUACUGACUAAUCAUUCUAU